CUGGCCAGAGCUCCUGGCUGAUCCCGGGUGAUCACCCCGAAGCUGUAAAGUCAGGAGUGAGAUUUUAUCACAUGAACUUUAAGAGAGUAAAGGCAAAUGUUUCCUUACUAAGUCAGAAUGGACUAAUUAUCAGUAUAUGUGAAGUCAUGUCCACUGAUCAAGGCAGCAGUACCUGUCCAAAGGUCACUCUAGUCCCACCUGGUUCAACGAGCAGCACAACCACACUGGUCGAUCAGAAUGUAUCUGAAGAGGCUCAGGGAAUAAAUGGGAAGACACCAGCGAAACGCUCAGCUGCAAGUCCAAAGCCACAAGUGCCUCCAAAGCCAUUACAUCUGCAGAAUUCGCCUUCGUCCAAUAUACACCAAACCCCCAGGCAUAAAGCUUUACCUAGUGCAAGACCAAGGAUGGAGGAAAUUAAACCUGCCUCUGCUUCUUGUGUCUCAAAAGAAAAACCCAGUAAGGUUUCAGAUCUCAUCAGUCGCUUUGAAGGAGGCAGUGCAUUAGCAAAUUAUGGUGAUUUGAAGAAAGAUUCUGCUGUAAACUUAAAUGCUCCUCGGACCCCAGGACGGCAUGGAGUAACACCCACACCUCCACAAAAACUCCUCUCCGAGCACCCACCACAGAGGCAGGGAAAUGGUACAGAUCAGACUCAGGGUGAACAGACUUGUGUGGCCAACGGUAUAAUGGCAGCACAAAACCAGAUGGAAUGUGAAGAGGCUCAAGCAGCCACUGGUCGCCCAGCUACUCCUGUUCAAACUGCUGAACCCUUCCUUGAUACACACUUGGUGAACGGAGAAAGAGAUGAAAGUGCCAUCAGUUCUGCAUCACCCACAACAAGUGACCAUGACGGAGAUGUUUCUGAUGGUAGCUGCAGGACUCCAAGUAUAGGCGCAGUGCUCCCCCUUAAAGAAGAAGUGGAAGCAGAAGCCAAGGUUCAAGAGAGGGAAAAUGGAGAAAGCCCUGUGGAACUGGAACAGCUGGACCAGCACCAGGAGACAAAGGAAACUAAUGAACAAAAACUUCACAAAAUAGCCAAUGAACUUUUGCUUACAGAGAGAGCUUACGUCAACCGACUCGACCUCUUAGAUCAGGUAUUUUAUUGCAAACUAUUGGAAGAAGCAAACCGAGGUUCAUUUCCAGCAGAGAUGGUGAAUAAAAUCUUUUCUAACAUUUCAUCAAUAAAUGCCUUCCAUAGUAAAUUCCUCUUGCCAGAGCUGGAGAAACGAAUGCAAGAAUGGGAAACCACUCCUCGGAUUGGAGACAUCCUUCAGAAAUUGGCGCCAUUCCUUAAGAUGUAUGGAGAAUAUGUGAAGGGAUUUGAUAAUGCAAUGGAAUUGGUCAAAAACAUGACAGAACGAGUUCCCCAGUUCAAAUUGGUGAUUGAAGAAAUUCAGAAACAGAAGAUCUGUGGGAGCUUAACUUUGCAGCAUCACAUGCUGGAACCUGUUCAGCGGAUUCCUCGGUAUGAGAUGCUCCUUAAGGACUACCUAAGGAAAUUGCCCCCCGAUUCCCCGGACUGGAAUGAUGCAAAAAAAUCACUUGAAAUUAUAUCUACAGCAGCAAGCCAUUCUAAUAGUGCAAUAAGAAAAAUGGAGAACCUAAAGAAACUCUUGGAGAUUUAUGAAAUGUUGGGAGAAGAAGAAGACAUUGUAAACCCUUCCAAUGAACUAAUAAAAGAAGGACAGAUCCUCAAGCUAGCUGCACGGAACACGUCAGCACAAGAGCGCUAUCUUUUCUUAUUCAACAACAUGUUACUGUACUGCGUGCCCAGAUUCAGCUUGGUAGGCUCAAAAUUCACAGUUCGGACUAGGGUUGGCAUCGAUGGAAUGAAAAUUGUAGAGACUCAUAAUGAAGAAUAUCCAUACACAUUCCAGGUGUCUGGAAAAGAGAGAACACUGGAACUACAGGCCAGUUCUGAGCAAGACAAAGAAGAAUGGAUCAAGGCCCUUCAAGAGACCAUUGAUGCCUUUCAUCAAAGGCAUGAAACCUUCAGAAAUGCGAUUGCAAAGGAUAAUGACAUUCACUCUGAGGUUUCUACUGCUGAGCUAGGGAAAAGAGCCCCGAGAUGGAUCCGAGACAAUGAAGUGACAAUGUGUAUGAAAUGCAAGGAACCUUUCAAUGCACUGACAAGGAGAAGGCACCAUUGUCGAGCAUGUGGACACGUGGUCUGCUGGAAGUGUUCUGACUACAAAGCUCAACUUGAGUAUGAUGGUGGGAAACUGAGCAAAGUCUGUAAAGAUUGUUAUCAAAUAAUAAGUGGAUUCACAGACAGUGAAGAAAAGAAAAGGAAAGGAAUUCUAGAGAUUGAAUCUGCAGAAGUAUCUGGAAACAGUGUGGUGUGCAGCUUUCUUCAGUACAUGGAGAAAACAAAACCUUGGCAGAAAGCUUGGUGUGUGAUCCCCAAGCAAGACCCUCUUGUGCUGUACAUGUACGGUGCCCCCCAGGAUGUCAGAGCCCAAGCUACCAUUCCACUCCUGGGCUAUGUCGUGGAUGAAAUGCCAAGGAGUGCAGACCUGCCGCACAGUUUCAAACUGACUCAGUCCAAGUCUGUGCACAGCUUUGCUGCAGACAGUGAGGAACUGAAACAAAAGUGGCUGAAAAUCAUUCUUUUAGCUGUCACAGGUGAGACACCAGAUGGUCCAAAUGAGCACCUAGCCACUUUGGACGAUCAUCCUGAACCUAAGAAAAAAUCAGAAUGUUGAACUCUCGGAUCAGCUGCAGCGUGUGGUCUCAAGCAAGACGUUCAGCUCCAGAUAUCCCCAGCUCUCCUUCCUCACCUCUUAGCACUUUACGUUGAAAACUAUAGGCUCAUCAAUGCCACCUGUUGGGGAUUGUUUUCCCAUUUGUGUACUCUUAGUAAAAUUAAUGUGCAGAGCCAUUCUCCCGGUAAAGUUUUGAAAUAAUGUGAAAAAUGGAGUUUUUAUGAACUAGAAUAUGUGCUUUUUGUCUUGAAGAAAAUGGUGUCAAUUGAUUGUAUCACUACCAGGUUAGAAUGGGCCACUUUCAUUUAAGAAAUCCCUCAAUGUCUUCUCUUUCACAUGUAGGAUCUGUAACAGUUUAAAAGAUAUACCUCCGUGUUGCCAAAAUAGAUCCAUGGUGAUAAAUACAGGGACAGUUUAGCUAUUAAUAUUAACUUAUUUAGUUUAUAAAUCUCAAGCUGCAUAAAUGAUAUAUGUUCUUUUAAAACAAAAGAAAAAGGACAAAUUAUUGGUGUUCAACCUUUUGACUUAAAAGAUAAUACCUGUUUUUGUAGAAAUACUCUUCAGAAUAUCUAAAGUAUAUAGCAAUUAUCUGUAUAUAGUAUUAAAUAUAAAUAUAUAUACUAUACAUGCUUUUCUCUUCAGCUUUAGGUUCACAUUCAUCUCUAAUUUAUUUUUAAAAUAAAAAGCAUGUUUUAUCUUGGAAUUGAGCAGUGUUCUAAACUUAAAUGUUUUUGGUGAUUUAUGUUUAACUGAUUGGCAUCUAAGGGUGUUGAUAUUUUUAUAAGAAAAAGCAUUAAGUGGCAUGGGGCAAAUUAGUGAAUUCCAACAGUAUUUUUAGAGUUUUGUUUUGUUUUGUUUUGUUUGUUUUUGUUCUGUGCCUAUUUAAAACAGUGCCUCUCUUAGAAGGUGCUAUUAAUACCUAUUUAAAUAUAAGAUGAGUGUUUAGUUAAUGUUUCAGUCUUGAUUAUUCUGAAAUUAAAGUGCAUUUUGGUCACUGGGGUGGUCAAAGUCAUACGGGUUAAUUUACCUUUUACAAAAAUAUAACUGUUGUAGUAUAACAUCAGCGUGUGCAAAAAUCUUCACCAAAACUUGAACUAUAGAAGACACCUGACCUUACAGAGAACCUGGGACAUGUGGAAACUACAUUUAUUGUCAUUGUUUCCUUUUUCCAUGUGACUGUUAUGCAUGGUUGAAUAAGGACUAUAUCUGAUGAACACUUAAGAUAACUAUGUGGGCCUAUUCCUUGGUCAGAUGUGAAACAAAAUUCACACACUAUAGCCUAUGUUUGAAGGCAGGGGUUGAAAGAUAGUAAAGGAAGUUUAUGCACAACCACCUCCCCAGAGAUGAGCAGGGGGUCGGGAGGACAACAUUCAAAAAGCAAUAUUUUAAUGGCAGGUUUUCAGGAGGUACAAAUGAUUAAAGGAGAAAUUUUCCCCCUUUUAUCCUCUGUGGAAUUUUAAUAGAUUGCAAUUCUUUUUCAUGAAGUCUGCUGCUCUUCUUUUCUAUUUUACUGGUGAUUAAAAUCUCACAUGGAGUUGCUUAUUUAAUCCUUUUCUCAACCUCAGUUUUUCAUUUCCUUUUACACUAUCAUAACUCAAGCAUUAUCACUUUUUAUACACCAAUCUGCUAGAAAUUUACUAUCCUCAGUCUGUAAGGACUGCAUCUUAAAUGAAGACAAUGAGUAAAUAUCUACAUUUACUCAGUUUGAAACUGCUAUUUAUUUCAGACCCUUUUGCUUUAAGAAAUAUGUCUUAAGAUUUUUUUUUCCCACCACUCCAAAGGAGUAAAUGAACCAAUUAUGGCUGACAUAAUUAGGUUCCUUUCCUCCAUGAAAGGAAUACCAGCCAUGAUCAUUAACAUUAAACCAAAUACUUAGAGCCACAAAGAGAAAAAGAUAGCUUCUUGUACCCUAUUAAAUCAGGGCCAAACUGAAAGAAAAUGUACAUUGCUUCUCUUUCCUAGCUGCCAGCUGUGGUAUGUGUGUAAGAAAGAAAGAAAAACGGGUCCAGGAUGGUUAUUGAGAAAAUGACAGCUAUAGAUAAUACUUUGGUUUCUUAAUCUCAAGAAAAGAGAAGCAAUAAAAGUAUAGAAUGAUUAUCAGAGCAGGAUGACUUGUAAAUGUGAAUAGAUCAUUGGAUAUAUAUAUAUAUGGCAACUAGACAACUUAUGAGUCAGAUUAUUUUUGAAAAUUAUUUGAGCAGCCAGACGACUCAAUUUUUUUCCUACUAGUAAGUCCUUUUAGAAUAUAAGUAACAUGAACACAUUCAAUGUUGUCUAACUUAGGUUAUGGAAAGAAUACUCACAAAGAGUAUUAUUAACGUGCUCUUAGUAGUCAUUCUCUUUACUUUUUUUUUUUCUGAGAAAUAUCAGAACUAGAAGAAAAUUUCUGGUUACCUAGCCAUCAUCUUCACUUUUCAUCCCACAAUCUUCAGUCAGUCAAGCACGAAGAGAUGCAGGGUAGCAGCCUCACUCAUUUGUGUCUCUUUAAAGAAUCACACAUUUACUUGGAGAAAGGUAAAAUACUCUUAGCUAUUCAACUAAGAGACCUCGAGGAGGUUGUUAAAGAGCAAUUGGUGUGAGCAGUCAUGACAAACUGAAUUGAAAAGAAACUUUCCUAUUAAAAUCAACAUUCCAUAUGGGUUUUAAUGGUCAUUGUCCAAUUUGGUGCUUUCCAAAGUCAUCUUGUUAAGUGCCCUUCUUCUAAAGUUAAAAAUACUUCUUUGAUAAAACUAUAUUCAUUAGAAAACAUUCCAGCUUUUAAAAAACUUAAAUUUUGCUUUUGUUGAAAGUCUAUCAUUUGAUAAGUGUGAGACUUUUAUCAAGGUUUUAAGUGGAGCUCAAUAAUGAAAAGUUCCAGCCACUUUCAUAAUAAUGGCAUCUGUAAUGCCAGCUUAUAUGCAAGCAAUAAACUCUCCAGAUAUGGUUUUAUAUUGAAAGUUUAGUAUGAAGACCCCUAGUCACAAGCAUAUAGAAGACUGACUUCCUAUAUAGUAUAAUUGUAAUUGCUGAGUACUGAGGAGGUAAAUGGUGGGGAAGGGGUGGGCAUCAUUCCUUGGAUUCAAAUACUAUCAAAAUCAUUUUUACUUUUUCAAAGAGUGUGGAGAGUGAAACAAGUAAAGCACAUAUAUGUAUUAUAUUAUUAAGCUAUAUUUUGUUUUCCAUUAAUUCAAUAUUCAGGUUAUCUUUACUGGGCAACCCACUCCAAUUUUUUUUAAUUACCAAACUUUUUAUAGAAAUUCAUCUUUUAAAUGCACCCUAUGUAUUUUUUUUAAAGAGCACUUGUUCUGUCAUAAAUAUAUAAAGAAAUCUGUAAACUUCAUGGUACUGCAGGGUUGUUAUAGAUUCAUUGAUGCCUUCUAAAAACCUUUUCUCAAAAAUCCAUGUGGAAGUUCAUGAUUCUAUUUUACUUUUUCUUAUCUCUGUGGAGACAAGGUGGGUUCCCUGCCUUCAAACAUUAGAUCUUGUUCAUUUGUAUCCAAAGCCUUAAGUUAUUCUUAAGCAUACUGUCUGUGAUAUCUCUCUAAACGGAUCUUUCGGCAAUGGAUAUAUUCUGAGGAAUAGACACCAACAGGAGCAAAUACAUAAGUACAUUUUAAGGAACAAAGGUCUUUUUUUGGUAAGUAUCCUUGCUAUAGUGCUCUAUUAGAGGAGAAUUAAAAUUUCCUGCAUCACAUAAUGUUCAUGUUAGUGGGUCUAAGAUGAAGCACAUGGUAUUUAUAAGCUAAAAUUUCAAAGGCAAGAAUAUCAAUGUUUUCAUUAGUAAAUUUUUUAAUCUACAAGAAUGUAUUAAUAUAAGGACUAUGUGGCUAGCCAGUUCCUCUUCUUAGGACUGUGUUGACAUCUAUAGUGGAUCAUGUUACUUCUUCAUUCUUACCCAGUUUUAUUAGAUUCAAGCUACUUUUUAUUUUCAUACUACUGUCUACUAUAGCUUCUCUAGAUUUAGAGAAUAUGAUUAAGUAGAAAGACCACUAGGUCUUCUUAAAAAAUCCUUUUUGUGAAUUUCUAUUGUAUGUACAUAUGUAAAACUUAUUGAUUUUCAAUUCUCUUUCCAUAGGAAAGAAAUUUUAAUAGUUGAAAUAUUUUAACAAGUUGUUUACAUGGAUUUUGAAUAUAUAAUUCAUCCUCAUACAUGCCCCUGAAUCAUGUUGAGUCAUGGGAAGGUAACUUUGCUUUCUUUACAGAUUUGGUAGAGAUGAAUAAGAUGAGAAAUUGAAAAAAAUAAGAAUGAACACAGGUAGAUAGUCUCCAGAUCAGAGCAAAGUGUGUUAAGAGAAAAAUACUUAAGCUGCAGAAGGAAUAUAAACCAUAAAUUACAAAUCUAUGUUUUUGCAUGCUGAUGUGAUUCAUUGCACCCAGGCUUUGACCUUGGCCUCUAAAUUAUAGACUAUGGUAUCUUCUUGUUAUUGUUUUCCUUUAGGUUUUUUAAAAAUAGUUUCAUUCUCUUAGAAUAUUUUUUGUACUUUUGCUAAGGCAAAACAUCCCUCUAAAUUAAUUUAUAAUCUUUUACUUUCUGGACUGAGCACCUGUGAGAAUGCAGUCUUUUCUGUUUUGAGCUGAAAUAGCACAUGACUUCAACGAGACAGUUUACUUGUUGGAGUCACUGAGGAUUAUAUGAGGGUCAUCCCUUUUCCUAAAAUUCAUUGUGGUAGAUUUAGUGAAAAAUUAAAUCAAAAAAACCUCUUAGUAUAUUUUAAUAAGUGAAUACUAAACAUAUAGAAUGAAAUAUAGGUUUGGGAAAAAACAAUAAUCUGUGGGGACCAUUAGGGUAACAAUUGCAUUAAAUAUUACAUAGUAUAUGGAUAUUGGAAUGUAUCACUGGGGGAGUCUUCAUUAGCAAAACAAUCACGUGUGUAUAUAAAACUUUUUAAAAGCCAGACUAGCAUUUCAUCUUGUGAGUGUCAGUUGACUGAUAUUUGAAAAUAUUAUCUGGGUUUUUCUUUUGAUUUGGUGACAAAGAUUGAAAAGAUCUGUUAUCAGAAUUUUACCAUUGACUCUAAUGUGAAAAAGUGUAUACAAUUUUUCUUUUCUAGCUAUAUGAAUGUAAAAUAUUUGCAAAGUGUAUAUAUUGUGUAACAUAUGUAUAUUUGGUCAUAAAGGCAGAUAAUUGAAAAUACUGUAAAAUUAAGCACUUUAAUUCCUAUUAAAUAUUAAACAUUUGUAUCUUGUAAAAUAAACACAUCCUUAAAUCAGUU